UUUCAAAUACGCACAUAAACAUCGGAAUUUAUAGCUGAUAAAUAAUAUUCCUAUAUUUAUGCAGGGUUUAGACACAGAUUUGCUCACUGGGUAUCUUUUAUAUACUUCAUACUAAUAUUUAUGUUUUGCUGGUGACACACAAACAUUACUACAGACCCGAAUCUCUUUGUGUUUUUAAUGAAAGAUCUGCCGGGUUAUUUGCACUGAUCAUAUCCGCCAUGAUAUUUUAAUGUAGUGGUGUAAAAAUAACAAUCACAUGUGUUAUCGUUAACAAUAUUCAUCACUGAGCUGCAGAAUAUACCAUUAUUAAAGCAGAAGCUCUUGUUUUUCUUUACGUUUCACACUUUAUGCAGGGAAAGACAACAAGCUCGGAAAACAAGUUCAUGGAUCAUGUGUGAAAUAUAUAAGGUGUCUAAAUAUUGCCUAAACGAAAAGGGCAGGAAAACCCUUCGAUUCUGAUAGCUGGUAUAACUGUAAAAAAGAUACUACUUUUUAUAUAUAAUUAUGAUUUUUUUAAGAGUCAUAUAUUAUUAGAAAUGUUAUAAUUCUAAACAAUAUUCAAUACAUUUUUAUUUGGAAGCAAAUAUGGCCUCCUUCUUAUCGUGGUUUCUUUGAGGUCCUUCAUUACUAUGGCAACCACUCAUACACAACAACCUUGUCGCAAAGCUAUUACUGAAGUUUUGACACAAACUAGUAAAAAAUAAUUCAUUAAGAAAAGAAAAUAUCACUAUAAUUAUCUUUUAAAAAAAAAUUACACAUGUCUAUAAAGAAGGACGUCUAUUUGCCACCACUGUCAACGUUUGAAAGGCAAGGCAGGAUUUCAUCAAGCAAGAGGAGUCAAGGGCAAGUGAGGUCUGGGCCAAAAUCACUGAAAAUUACACAUGGAUAUAUGUCUGGGUAUCUCUCCACCUGGCCUGCCCAUAUCAGCUCUCAGGUUGUCCAGCAACAUAGUCAAAAACACACUUCCUCUGGGAACAGUAACUAUGGAUACAGUGAGGAAGUUGGACGUUCUGUAGCUAAGCCAAAUUUCCUGGAACAGCUGGAGCGCUAUCUCAGGAGAGAACUGGCAUCUAUAGACUUGCACAGCCCCAACCUCCAGCAGCUCAAACUUCAGGCAUUCCGAGAAGUUUUUGACUACUUUAUUGGAAACUUUAAAACAUACAAGCCACUAUUGUCUGCCAUCAAAAAUGAAUAUGAGAUUACUCUAGUCUAUCUGCAACAGAAGAUCCAAGAGCUGGAGCCUCUCCGUUCCCAGAUAGUGCUGCUGUCUGAUCAGUGUGAGAAGAGGAUUCUGGACCUGAGGGAACAAGAAAGAGCUGAGAUCACGGCUUUGAGACAGAAGCAACAACAUCUGCUUCAAGUCAUUGAGAGCAUGAAGGAGCAACAGAGAACUUUGCUGACCCAGGUAUUAUAUCUAGAGAAGGACCUUGCAAAACAGUAUGUGCUAUACAGGGAGGAACGUGAUGCCCGGAUGCUGCUCAUUGAUGAUAUCAGCAGCAUGAGCAACAACUCGCAGGAGCCUGGUUACUCACUGGAUGAGGAUUCUGUGAAUCUAAAGCUGGCUUUGGAUGUGUGUAAAGAAGAUCUAAACAAGGCCCAGACAGAGCUCAACCACUUGCAUGCAGAAUAUGGAGAUGUGGUUCCUCGUAGGGACUGGGAGAAUCUAGAACGUAUGUACCAGGAGAACCUUCUAAAGCUGGAAACCCUACAGUCUGACUUCAACCAAAUGAAGAUGGAAUAUGACACAUUGCUAGAUUUACAUCAGCAGAUCAGCACACAGAGCGACAGCCUUCUCAGUAAAGCCUUGACUCCCAGACCACAGUGGGAGCAGUGUGCAGAUGUCCUCAGUGGCGUUGAUCACUGUUCUGAGCUCUUUGAAGGCCAGUCCAGUCAAAAAAGAUUGGAGAUCUUGCUAAGGGAGUUGCAUGGCAUGGGCUUGGAGCAGAAAGACUUCUUUACUGGACUGGGUAUUUCAGGUGAUGUUCCCAUACACCUGCGCUAUGAGGGGCAACUGAAGAACCUCCGAUUAAAAAAGCCUGAGGUUGUUAGAGUUCUAAAGGACAUAUGGAGAGAGAAAACAUGUGAAGAUGAAAAGAAUGAUGAAAGCAGUGAUCUGAAGGAGUUUCUGCACCAGUAUCUGUUAAAACAGCAUAAGGAGAGGGCAGGACAGUGGGCUUACAGCUUGCUUGAUGGCAUCAAGCGUUACUUAGAAGAUGACUUCAUUGGUCUUUUCUAUGACAUUCUACAAGGCAAGGUGGAUGAAAGUGUGUACCAUGGCCAGUCCCAUUUACUGUCUCAUCUGCUCAAGGUGCUCAUACAGAGUGACAAGACUGAGAGUGGAUUGCUCAGUGCAGCCCAGUUCAGUGAAGCUCUAAGGACGGCUUUUCCCCAAAAACGAAAUCAGGAUAUAGAGGAACUGGUGCUGACAGCUCAGUCAGAGCUACAGGCCAGUGGAGGAAACAUUGCCUAUCAGAGGCUGUACACAGAGGACGCAGAUGGAAAGCAAAGUGAUUUCCUGUGUCUGGUCAAAAAGCAGGCUAUGAACGAGAGACGCCAAUACAUCAGCCAGCUGCGGGAACAACUAGAAGGCAAAGGAGUAGUGGGAGUGGAAGAUUUAAGAGCUGUUUUCAAGACAAUUGAUCCCACACUGGACCCUGAGACUCUGAACUGUUAUUUGAGUACAGCCUUCCAAACUAAAGUGCCGCACGGGCACACGGCAUAUUUAGACACCGAGCUUGCACUACAGCGCCUCUCUGCAGCUAACAUAAGCAGGGCAGGGCCUAUAUCUCAGUCAGAAUAAUACAUUUACACACAUUCCACAUGCAUAUACAUCGAUACUUAUAUUGAAAAACAAUCAAGAAAUAUACUGUAUAAAAUACAUCCUUAAAAUCGAAUAAAAACAUUCAAUGUCUACACAUCAA